CAUGUUGAUAUCACGUGGAGGAGGAGGGGGGUCUGGGGAGUACAUGUCGGCCCUUCCCCAGGAUGAGGCCUACAUGCAGCACAAUGGGGGCAUCGUGACGGGAGAGGAAGGGGAUGAAAAACCGCCCGGUUUCUGCUGGUCACUCAAUGAAUGCCUUACAGAGGAGAUUGUAGUUCUUCUUGCCGUACAGUUUGUGUUUUACUUUAAUCAGCCAGGGUUAGAGACUGCUGUGGUGCCACUGAAUGAGCAUUAUCUAAACUUCACUGAAAUUGAUAACAGUAUUUUUUACUGUGUUUGUGGAGUUGAGCUCCUGUUUUUCUUUGUAGUGGUGAAGGUAAUGAGCAAGAGGGUUUCUGAUCGGAUGAUCCUUCUCAUAGGUCUUAUCAUCGAGACACUAUCGCUAGGAUUGCUUGCCAUCUUCGUUCCUCGAUUGAUACCCGGCAAUGUAUCUAAGAACCUGCCAAUGUUCAUCAUAUGCUGUGGCAUCCAAGUAUCUGGUCUAGCGUUCUUAGCCGUGUCCAUCAUCUCUCUUUUCUCAAAGAAGGUGCCGCAAAAAAUACAGGGUUUCAGUCAAGGUGUCCGUCGAGCCACUGGGGGCCUAGCCACCAUCAUGGGGCCGUUAUGGAGUGGAUCGACCGUAGAGCAACCUUUCCUCAUGCUCAUUGUCAUGGUGGUUCUCUUUGUUUUGGCCCUGGUAAUGGUUCUGGCAUCUUGGAAGCGUCUCAAAACAAAGUCUGAACCCGCGGGAAAAGGCUUCCCGUCACCCUCCAACAUUCUCAACGUUGAGAGCGAAACAGAGCCUUUGAUUCCGACUGAUGUUCAGGCAUAGGAAAGUACCAUUGUCCUCUAAACACUUUGGUUCUUCGACAUGUGAAAAAUGUUCACGAUUUAUGCAAGGCAAUCAAAGUGUUGCAAUUCGGUGAUGAACACAUGCAGGCAAGAUACUAAUCUACUAAUCUACUAAUUGCCUCUUGCCACCCAGGUGAAAGAAUUUUCAAAUCACACACCAGUUUUGAAAUCCUAGCUAAAAGCAUGCAUGUGCAGGCCUAGAGUAAUACAACUGCCAUGAAGUGUUUUGGUUUUAUGACAAAUUAUCGUAAUAUUUGUAAUAUUUUAUCUUUUAUAUAUAUAUAAAUAUAUAAAUAUAUGUGUUCCUGCAACCUUGUGAUUGCAAGACCUGAGUAGUUCAACCAUCAUUUAAGCACUUUGGUUUUCUGACAAAUUAUUAUGAUAUGUGCCAGGAAAUCUUACUUAUACAAUAUUGUUUCAUGAUUUGAUGCAAUAUGAAUAUGUGAAGAGGUGUAUAGAGCAGUACUACCUUCAUAACCAAUUAAAAAACAAAAAAUCAUGACAUAUUAUGAUUUAAGCAAGGAAAUCCAAGUUUUACAAAACAAGUUGCUAAAUUCUGAUGGUGUGCAUGCAUAGAGCAAUUAUAUUGUCAUUUAAGUAUUUUUAUUCUUUCACAAAAUAUUAUUUUCAGGUAGUUGAUGAUGGGCAGGUUUAAAGCAGUACUAAAAUAUGCGUUUGGAAUCUAUGACUAAUUUAUGACAAUUUACAGUCGUAUAUAUUGUGUUUUAUGCAAGGAAAUUUGUUUGAAAAAUUUGAAAAAUUUGAAAAUGAAUGUUAUAUGUGAUGUAUCAGGCUUUGGCUACUUUUGUUUGUUAGAUUUUUCUUCAUUUUUAAUAUUGUUUUUUAUAUGAACUCUCUGUGAAAGCAUAUUUUGUCUCCAAACCACAAACAGCUUGCAAAUUCAUUGAUAGAACAACUGGAAAAUUAGGUGAUUUCUGUAAAUAGGGAAAAAGAUUGUUAUUUGAACAUUUUAGUUUGGCACACCAAAACUUCACAUAAAUGAAGGCUUCAAAUUUAUUAUGUGACUUGUGUUUCUAUAUGUAUCAUGUGGUUCUAAUGGUACACAUGUAUUCCAUUUUAAUUUUGCAACCUCUUGUUAUUUUGUUGAUGUACAUUUCUUUAAUACACAUUUUUUGUUUGUGCUUGAAUGUCUUUUGAAUGACUUUAAAAUCGAAUAUGCAAAUAUAGAAUUUAUAUCCAUGUAUAACGUGAAUUAACUGGUCAAUGAAGAAAGUGGUCAGUUUCUAAUAUGGUUAUGGUGUCUUCAAAGUGUGUAAAAUGUUUGUUUUAAAGUAAUCUUGGAAUUUAAAAAAAAAAAGCUGGGAAACAUCUGGGAAUGGUGUUUUCAUGACAACUCUGGAAGCCCUGUGGAUUAUGAGACAUCUGCUAAUGAAUUAAGCUGCUACAUGUCAAAAUCUUUGUGUUUUGGUUUUGUGUUAGAUACCAAUACUCAAAUGACAUGUUCAAGUACAGGCCAUUUACUUGCUCAUCAAUAUCGAAAGACAUAAACAGAUGACAAUCACCAUUGUAUCGUCAAAUUAGGCUAUUCAGAAUUCAUAAUAAAUUGAAACCUUAGCCACUGUUCCUGUACAUUGCCAUUAAAGCUUAUUUAAUAUCACCGACAUAAGUCUAUCAAUGUAAUACCGUGUUGAGUUCAGAAUCCAUACAUGUAUAUUGUACAGAAUUUGCACAAAUGUAACAAAAGGGAAUAUCCUCUUUAUAGUCAUACAUGUUUAUACAUAAAUUUUUGUAUUCUUUUGCAUUGCUUUUCCAGGAAUAUCAAAAAAUUAUUUCUCUAACGAAGGAAGAAAAAUCACAUCGUGAAUAUUUUACCAUUAAUGUCUGAUGCUACAUACAUCAUAAUAUAAAUAACCUCUGCUUAUUCUUUAUUCGGUAUCGCCUUUGCCUGGGAGAGGGGAAUGAAUUCUUCCCAGCAUUACUGAUUGGGUUGUGCAGGUGGACCACUUCACCAGGGUUUUCUCCUACAUUUUAACAAAGAGUACAGUGGAUUUUUAAUGAGCAAAUUUGGUGGCUCUCCUCCACACGGGGCUUCUGUUUAACAUCCCAGCCAAGGGACAGAGUGGUUUCCACUGUUACGUAGCCUGGCUGCAUAAAUUAAACAUUGGAGGGGCUCAUUAUUAAAAUUACAACAAAGGUUUCAGUCACCCAACUGGGUUCGAUCUGACCUCGCAAUCUUGAGUUCGAUAGGCAGACGCUUUACAGACUGGGCCAACUCUUCACCUCUUUCUUCCCUUACAGCGGGACUGCACUACUUGUAGCUACUACAAAUCAACAAUGCCUAAGCAGUAUCUGUUGAUUCCCCCAUGGUCCCCUUUUUCUUAUGUUAAUUGAGAGCUGAUUUGAUGAGAUAACCACCUGCCAGUGACCAUGAAGGGAGGUCUAAUCCCUCCUGGCCGAACUAGUGCAGACAGGCUUUACGUCUUAGCCAUAUGAAAGGUCACACAUUUUUAAAUGCCAAUAAAAUUAUUUGAUGUGAGUGCUCAUAAACCUACGCAAAACCCUCUUGGAAAGGCAAACUGGAUGCAAGCCAAAAGAUCACCAGUUAACAUGUACAAAGAGAAGUCUACAUGAUUAUUACUCUUCGUGAAAAGUACAUGACAGUAAAUAAUUUUCUUUAUUCUUGGUUAUCUUGCCAUGUUUGAAACAUUAAAUGGAUAUUAUAUUAAAGUGUGUGAUGCAGAACGCAUGAAUAUGUUCUGCUGAUUAUUUAUAAAGAAAGUGAAAGCAUGAAAAUGUAUCAAAUCUUGCAUAUUCCUGUCAUUAAUGAUAAAUCAUCCUUGCCUGAAGUAUCGAAAUAUAUUUUACAAUCCCUGAUGAUGUGGAAGAAAUAUUGUUUGUAUUUACACCUGACAUAAAUUGCCAUAAUAGGAAUUAUGAAUACUGAGCAGGUUUUCUUUGAAAUGUGCCUUUUCUCUUGAUUGUCUCACUUCAAUAUUCCAAUUAGAUCAUAUAAAAGUUUAGCAGGUCUACCAGUCAUAUGCUUGCAUCUUGAAAGAAUCUUUGGCAAGCUUAUGUUAAAGCCCCACUGACCUACUUGUAUCUACUUGCUCCUUCUAUAUAGAAAACUUCCCCAAUAGGUGCCUGUUGGUCCCCCAUGAUCCUCUUUUUCUUAUGUGAGUUGAGAGCUGAGUUAAUGAGAUAGCCAUUGUCAGUGACCUCGCUGUGUGGUCUAAUCCCUUCUGGCCCAGUAGUAUUGACAGUCUUUAAAGUUUGAUUGUAGAGUACAUUUAGAAAACAGUGUAUGCAUUAUUAGGUUUUUAUAAUCACAAUUCCAAGGCGUAAGUUUCUUAUAGAUAUGGAUUUCCUGAAAAUAUAAGAGAAAUCCUAGACCAAAUGAAGUUCUGUCUUUUCUUAUACGAUGCUCAUGCAUCAACGUUGUAUCUACUGUAUGUAUUCAAUCCUCAUCGUUUUAGUCAUUUUAGCUGUAUUAUAUUAUCUUUUGUCAUUUGAUUUUAUUCUUGAUAUUACACUGAAGUUUUGAAAUAUUUACUAAAAGUUAAAAUUGUUACAUUCAAUUUGUUUAUUUAGUAGAUGUAUUGUGGACUAUCUUUACAAAUUUAUGUUUCUAUUUGUUCUUAGAGCAAUAUACGGUAGUAACUAAAAGAAAAAGAGAUUUAAUCUUAACAAAUUUGUAAUUUUUAUAUAAUUGAAAUUUAUGAAUAACAUAUAUUU